AUGGCCGAUUUCCAAUCCUCAAGUCACAAAGCCAAAUGGAUCUUUACUCCUCAACAGCUGGCCGAGAAGUAUAAAUCUACUAAUCAAAGGGCGAAACAAAUGCUAGAGAAGGUAUUUUGCAUUGCUCUGUUGCUUUAUUGCUUGCUUUUCUCUUGUCUUGAUGAUUAUAAUUUAUGUUUAGUGAUUAAUUUAGCUAUGGUUUAUGCUGUUAAGUAUGGGACAACGAGGUUGGGAGUGGAUGUUGAUGGGUCAUUGUCGUACCCGGAACCUCAAGUUAACACGACAGAGAAUUCUGAUAAGCAUUCUCGUUCAAAACCACUGAGUGUUGAAGAAGAACAGUUUAUGCGAGUAUACUAUGAGUAUAAACUUCGAGAAGCAACAGCUCUCAUAUACUUUAAAAGAUUUUAUCUUCAAUGGUUAACCUGCAUUUAUGCGUCUUGCAAGAUAGAAGAAAAUCAUGUGUCUGCAGAGGAGCUUGGUAAGGGGAUUUCACAGGAUCAUCAAAUGAUUCUCAAUUACGAGAUGAUAAGUUUGGAAUUCGAUCUUAUUGUAUAUGCACCAUAUCGAUCUGUUGAAGGUUUUAUUGCUGAUAUAGAGGAAUUCUGCCAUCCAACAGAUGAAAAUAUUCAAAAACUGAAGGAAACUGCAGUGGCAGAGAUUGAUAAAAUAAUGCUUACUGAUGCACCUGUUUUGUUCCCUCCUGGGCAGUUGGCUUUGGGUGCUCUACAGAGUUCAAAUGAGGUGCAUAGAGUUCUUGAUUUUGAAAGAUAUACAGAAGCAGGGAAGAUUAGGCAAUCAAUGGCAUGA